AUUAAUUAUUAGCAAGGCUAGUAAAGCCUGGCAAGUAUUAACUAACAAAACGUUUAGUCAUUAAACUGGCUGGUUUCUCAACAUAGUCUGACUCAUUGUAACUUAAUAUAGAUAGUUCUUUGUUCAUAGACUUUAAUCUGUUGCCAAAGUGUUUGUAGCUUAUGUUCCCAUUUAACAAGGUUUUGUGGUCAAAACUGUGUGCCCACGUCCUCCUAAUGAACUGAGUGUCCAACAAAACAAAGAUUUGCAGUCUCCUUAGGAAGGCCACUGUGUAUACAUAGACCUCCUCUGUCCACGAACAUCCCUAAUGAGGUACAGAAGGGCACUUAUUACCCAGACAAAGACAUUCCGCUGGUGCUAGAGAGCCGCAGACGGAAGUCUUCUCUGCGUCUUGGAAAUGAAGCCAAGCUUUCUCCUUUCUUCAACCAUGAGGAUUGCUGUCCUCCUCUUUACCAUUCUCUUCUUUAUGAACCAAGUUAUACCAGCCAGGGGCAGAUUCAAGGAGGUAUGUGAGCGUCCAAAUGGCUUCUGCCAAGAAUUUUGUAUCGAAACAGAAAUCCAGGCUGGGAGAUGUUUAAAUGGACGACCGUGCUGCCUGCCCAUGGGGAAUCACCCACAAAUCGAUCUUACUACACCCAAGAAGGAUUGAAAUCUUUUCAAAGUGUUUUGUUUGGAUAUUUUAUUCUCUUGCUCUCUCCUGCUCUCUCAUCACUCUGUUUUUUCUCUCACAGUGAUUCUCAUUGAGCACUCAAUAAAUAAUAAAGCAAAACUAGCAAACACAAAA